UAGAAUGGUUUAAUGUCUUCCACUGGUUUUCAAUCUGUACGAGAUGAAAAUAACAAAGUUUGUAGUUCCCAAAUUUAUUCCCGUGCAUAUUAGAUGAGGGCAAAACGACCCUUGACUUAAUCCAUGUUAACAUCACUGGUUUUUUUUUUAAAAAGUCAAAUCCGUGUAACUGCGGCAGGAAGGAAGAGACGAUUAGUAUUAUACAAUGAUAUUCGAAAAGAAAAGGAAGUAGCACUGAGAUACUGAUGUCACGUGGUGUCCCAGAUUCCCGAUAGGCGGGCUUCCGUAUUCACCAAAGAAAGUUCAGAGAACCAUGUGGGAUUAACUUGUUUGUAUGCGGUUUACACGUGUAAGUGGAUAUACUGACUUCAAAGAUACUUUGAAAGAGUUGGGGAGGAAUAACUCAAAGGAUACUUACUUAUGGUCCCUGAGCUGGCGUUAGACACGCCCCCUUCGGUAUAUAUUCUCCUCAGCAUCUAUGAUCAUCAUAGAACCACUGACUGAAAAUAUUUUGAGUUUGGCAUUUUAUUCAAUGUGAUGAGGUAAAGCAAUGACGUCAGAUUACAAAAGUGGUGGCAUUUCCUCUGGUAUUGCCCCUGUGUGCUUCGGUGACGCUCUUUGUCCGAGUAUCUGUAAACAAACAGAACCUCGUAGUUCCACCAGAAGUUUGUCUUGUGACCGAGACGAAAUUUUAUCAAAGGAAUGUGAGGACAGUGACGAUAACGUGUUUUAUGACGUAAAACCUAAAGACUCUGGCUUUAUAUGUCUGCAAAGUGUACCCCUUCUUACAUCUCGAUCUUCAUAUCACAGUUCUUCGUCAGACGGUCUGCCUCAGGACGGACCCCUGGACCUUAGACAACGUCGAUCAAGUUCCUCUCAAGGCAACGAUAACGAAAACGAACCCAUCGCUGUACAGAAAUUACGACAUAAGCGAAUGUUCACAAACAGCCGCGAACGGUGGCGACAGCAGAACGUCAACGGCGCGUUUGCCGACCUACGUAAGUUGGUUCCAACUCAUCCACCAGAUAAAAAACUAAGCAAGCACGAGAUUCUUCGCUGUACUAUAAGGUACAUUAGACUUUUGGAGAAUGUUCUGGAAUAUCAGAAUCACGGAGACGUCAAACGCGUGAAAACUGAACACGUCAUUACUGACAGUUGGAAUCGGGUUUACCACGAUGACUCUUCUGAUGACGAGAGCCUGCACUCAGCGUAGUUGUCUGUGUUUUAUUGAGACCGUGUUUUCAUAUACAUGUAGUAUUACCGUGGUUUUUAGAGGUCGAGAUAAUAAAAGAUAUAUACAGAACAUGCUCACACUGUAUACAUCAUAGUUCU